UUCGACUAAUCAUCUCCUGCUGGGAUGAACUAACUAUUUAACAAUGUCUCUAAAAGAUAAAACCGCUAUCGUAACUGGAGGCACCAGUGGAAUUGGUCUGGCCACCGUCGAAGAACUGCUCAAAAAUGGAAUUUCGAAAAUUUUAGUUAUUGACCUGAAGGACAGUUUGGAUAAGGUUUUCAGGACUUAUUUGAAACAGUUCAACAAAAAUGCUGAAAUAUUCUAUGCGAAGUGUGAUGUUUCGAAGAAAAGCGACAUAGAACAAACAUUUAGGAAGCUAGCAAUCCGAAAGUUGGGCUCGAUAGAUAUCCUCGUGAAUGCAGCUGGAAUAUUUAAGGAAGACAAUCCUGAUAUGGAAAUUGCAGUUAACCUGGGAGGAACAGUCAACUGUACAUUAACGGCAAUCGAUCUUAUGAGCAAAGACAAGACCAGACCAGGAAGAGCAAUUGUCAACAUUUCAUCUUUGGCUGGCCUCGAUCCUGUCGCACAUGCAGCAGUGUAUUGCGCUACCAAAUUCGGAGUUGUUGGCUUUACGCGGUCUUUGGGAGAAGAUUCAGUGUUCAAUAAAACCGGUGUCAGGGCAAUGGUGAUUUGUCCCGGUGCAACAUUCAGUUCCAUGGUGAAAGAUCCGUUGCAGAUGACCGCAACAUUUCCCUGGCUUCAACCGUCUCUACAAAAAUAUGUGGCGUGUGCUAAGUUUCAAGAAGCUACUGUUGUCGGAAAAUGUGUAGUUCGCGCUCUCUUGGAAGGAACUGCCGGCUCCGUUUGGGUUUGUAUGGAAGAUCGUAUUAGACAGGUGCAGUACGAGGAGAGCAAAUUCGAGAAACUGUUCCAAUCGUGAUGCACCAAUGAUUAUU